AUGCCUCGACAAAAAACACGUACUCAUGCGACCUUAGCAUGCAAACAUUGUCAACGGAAACAUGAAAGAUGCGAAAAACUUCCUGGGGAAGAUAUUUGUACAGGCUGUAGAAAAUUAAAUCGAUUCUGCAUUUCUUUACCUGGCAACAAACGUGGACCAAAGCCUCGCAGACAAAAUCUCGGGGUUGUAAACCCCAGCCUUUUUUCAAAUGUUAAUCCUUGCAGAGUAACCCAAACCCAACAUUCACACUCAGUGUCAAGAGCAUCUUACAUCCAGUAUCAAUUCACGCCUGGUAUCGAAAACUCUUCAUGCCUGACACCAGAAGUUUGCACUCAGUAUCAACUCAUGCCCAGUGUCGAGAUCUAUCUGAUACCAGGAAUGUAUCAAGAGCAACUUACACCAAGUAGUUUGGAUCACUUAUACCCAGUAUCGGGAACUACUGAAGUAUUCCAAAAUACUCUCACUAAUCAAUCCUCCUCAACAUCUUUUCACUCAUACUCUUUUGCAUAUGAAGAAUCCGCGUUAAAUAUUGAUCGUCCAACUAUUAUUGAUCCUUCAACUAUUAAUUUGACAUCAUUAUCUAAUCCUUUUAAUUACAUCGUUUCGGCUAAAUAUUCAAACACGUAA